GGAGAAAGUACGUCACGCGCUUUUGGUGAACAGGAUAUUUCACGCCAAAUCAUCAAUAUGGCUAAGAAAAUUUAAGUUCCUCUUAUUCUAAAAUUUCCCGGCGAUCUCAACUCAUAUUAGAAUGGUAACGUCAAAAAUACCAAGUUCGGAUUACUUUAAGAUGCGAACAGGAAACAUAAUUUGUAAACAAUUUGUAUGCUCGACCAUAUUCCAUGACGUCGGCAGUUUUCAACAAAUUUAGUGAGCUUCAAAAUAGUUUAACAUCUUACCAAUCCCGAAAUUUGAUAAACGAAAUUACUAUGCUAAACAAAGCCUCUCACAACGUAUCAUUAGAAAACACUGAUAUGUUUUGUAAUGAAGAAAUGCCAGCAGAUGAUGUUCCUUCUGAUAAUGUACCUGAUUUUAUCCAACAUAAUUCUUUUCACCCUGAUAAUAAUACAAAACCAUCAUUAUGCCCUAAUAUAUUAGAUUUUAAUUCAGAGGACUCAGUUCUUGACGAAGAUUAUAUUCCGGAUUCAAGCGAAGAUUCAGACGAUUUAAAUUUGCCAGAAAACGUUCCUUCGCACCGAAAAUUGCCAAAGAAAAGUCAAUUACGAACUUUUCCCACAAAUUUAACUGAGCCUUCUACUUAUACAGCUACACUCACCAAAUCUUCACCAUCUCAUACAUUCCGUAAUUCACUGUCGUCAAAUAAACAUAAAAAAAGACGCGUUACGACAGAUUUUCGAGAACUAAGAUGCGUUUAAAAUGGGAAAAAAAGAGCCAAGAAAACACAUUGUAGAUUGGACUAAUAAAAACAAAAAUAGUCACACUAUGCAAACGAAAAGCACUGGUACGGGGAGAAGUGAACUUGAUGUCCAACCAUAGAAACGAAAGAAGUAUGACACUGGCCUAGGUGAACGGAUUAAAGAGAAGAGAGCUAAAAAGCAAUUAGAAUACUGAGCAAUUUACUGAGCAAGAUAGAGCACAGUUAAACUCUGAUUUUUGGAGUUUGUCUUUUGAACAGCGAAGAGUUUUUGUUAUGUCUCAAGUGGCUGUAGCAGUUCCGAAAAGAAAAUACACAAGUGAACCUAAAAGAAAGCCGAAAAUAUGUUUUGCGUUUAAGAAGAAAAGAAGUGGAUAUGUUAUUGACGUGUGUAAAAUUUUUUUUUGACUACCUUGGGUUAAAAAAAAUAACGACGCAAUAUUGAGGUCACUUGAUGUUACAAAUCCCAUUCAUUAACGAAAACGCCUCGUAUAGAUCGCCAGUUAAUUAUUAACCACAAACAAUCAUUCAAUCCUGCAUAGUGCACUACAGACGCGAGCACGCGUCAUUGAGACGAUAUUUACCGAGCGAUAUCAAUAUAACUUCUAUGUACAAAGAUUUCUGUUCAAAAUAUCCAGAAGAAAAUAAAAUAUAUGUCCUAUGAGGUUUAUCGCAAACAACUCAAAACUAUUUCAUUCACUCGACUUGGUAAUGAGGAGUGCGAAAUGUGUGAGUCUUUUAAUUUACAUAAAAAGCAAACAUCACAUGAUUGUAAUACUGUAGUAGAUUGCAAUCCUUGUGUCGAAUUUCUAAAACAUCGCCUUAAGUAUACACAAGCCAGGGAGUUGUAUACUAAGCAUAAAAAUCUGGCCCAAAGUGACAAUGUAAUUUAUAUACCUUCAGAUUUAGAAAAGAUCAUAAUGCUACCAAGAUUAGAAUCCUUUAAAAGUAUAAUCUUUUGCCCACGUUUAAUUACUUACAAUCAAAUUUUUGCUCCACUGGGAACAAUAACAUCUAAUUAAAAACCUUUAACCGUUUUGUGGCAUGAUGGUAUAGCUGGACGGACACAAGAAGAUAUAAUGAGCGCCUUCUAUGUAUGUUUAAUGAAAAAUCGCGAUAUCCAGAACAUUAAUAUAUGGUUAGAUAAUUGUACAGCGCAAAAUAAGAAUUGGCUACUUUUAUCUAAAUUAGUUCAUAUGGUAAACAGUGACUUAAUAUCUACAGAAGAAAUUUCCUUAUUUUAUUUUUAACCUGAUCAUACGUGUAUGAGCGCUGAUCAAGUUCACCAUCAGGUAGAACUUGCAAUGAAGAAGAAGGGUAAUCUGUAUUACUUUACCGAUUUCGAAGACGCAGUUGCUUCGAUAAAUAACUCCAAAGUGAUAGUCAAAUCUAUUUCACCACAAAAUUUUGUUAAUGUUCAAAAUUUUAUAAGUGACAGGCGUAUACAAAAAAGUAACCCAAGAGGUCACUCAUAAAAUAUGAAACAUGUUUGUUUUAAACGAAAUUCAUUUGGGUUACUAUAUAAAAAUAAUUUUAAUGAAGAUUUUAUAUAUCUGCAAUUUAUGACUGACAGAUAUUUAAAAAAUCCAAGUUGUAUGAUUCUCACAUUUAGCACUUCUCCAAAAGGCGUUGAACUUAACCGAAAAACUACGUCAAUUGACAAAUUAACGCCUAUAGUACCGCCACAUAAAUUGACAUUUUGGAAAACAUUGCCAACAAAAACUGAUGACGAGGAGGGGAAUGAAACUAGAUUUAUGUUAACGUUGAUAACUUUUAAAUAUUGUUAAUGAUAAUAUUAAAAGAUAAACAAUUUCUAUGAUUGGGAGACGGGAGGAGAGGACGGAUAACAAUGUUUUAAAAUACGACAUUUAAAAAUAAAUCUAGUUCCUGAUUCAUGAAACAAGUAUAAGUACUAUUAUUAGUGCUUUCGGAUUCACGCGAAAUACAGUAGGAAAAAUGAAAGAAUACCCAUGAACGAACAUAUAAAACACGCUGCAUUUUCCUGUCACCGUGUCACACAAAAUUUUUUGUGUGACACGGUGACAGGAAAAUACAGCGUGUUUUAUAUGUUCGUUCAUGCGUAUUCUUUCAUUUUUCCUACUGUAUGUCUCAUCAAAAUCUUAUCCAUCAUAUCCACUCAAUUCCUUAUGUGUUUUGUUAUUUUUCUUAAAACAGUCUACGA